AUGGCGAACAACAACACUGAGUCUCUAAACUCCAUGUUGAGAGAAGCCCGUUCUUCACCGAUAACUUGCUUGGUCGAACACAUUCGGAGUACUUUGCAGAAGUGGUUUUAUGAACGUCAGAAAAAUGCGACCGAAUGCAGUACAGUAUUGACGCCGAGGAUGGAAAAUGAGUUACGGAUGACAUUUGAAACUGGAACUAGGCUUCGAGCCCAAUUGUUGACAAACAACUUAACUCAGGUUGGAAUAUCCAAAGAUGUGGACAUAGUUGACUUUUUCGAGGACACCUGCACGUGUCGUGAGUUCCAACUAAAUCGUAUGCCAUGUACUCAUGCAACUCGUGCUGCUUGCUUCAAAGGGAAGUCAUUGUAUGACCUUUGCUCCCCUUAUUACACAUCUGAAUACUGGAGGGGUGCCUAUAGCGAAGCUAUAUAUCCCGUUGGACGUGAAGUGGACUGGGUUGUUCCCAGUUUAAUUACAUUUGCUCCUAUUUUGCCACCACUCGUACGUCGCCCUCCAGGUAGACCACCGACCCGACGUAAGCAUUCAAGACACGAGUCUGCAAGGUCGAGCAGGAAAUGCACUCGUUGUGGUCGUCUUGGUCAUAAUCGGAGCACAUGUUCGAACCCCAAUGUAUCACAUGUUCCUUAA